GCCCGAGGGGCAGGCUGCGGGCCUAUCUAACCCAGGGUCACCGCCUUCGCGAGCAGCCACGGGCUGAACAUUGAAAGCGAGCUUCGGCGGGUUCUCCCGCCGGUGAAGGCUAAGUCCUCCUUUGGAGAAGCCAGGCCCCAGGCUGUUCCAGGAGGGUCGCAAGUCCAUCUCUGUCCAUUCUCUGCAGCAGAGGGGCGGGGCCUCGCCUGCUCCCGCCCCGGAAGCGGAAGCUUAGGCGUCAGAGGGUCCUGUCCACUGUGAGCCCGGCCCGUGUAGCAGCGGUUCCUCCCGGCGAUUCUAUCGCGCCCUCUUGGCUGCGGGCUGUCGCGCACUGCAUCUCACCAUGCUGUCUCUAGACUUUCUAGAUGAUGUGCGGCGGAUGAACAAGAGGCAGCUGUACUACCAAGUCCUAAAUUUUGGAAUGAUUGUUUCCUCGGCACUAAUGAUCUGGAAGGGGCUGAUGGUGAUAACCGGAAGUGAGAGUCCAAUUGUAGUGGUGCUCAGUGGCAGCAUGGAGCCUGCGUUUCACAGAGGGGAUCUCCUUUUCCUCACAAACCGUGUUGAAGAUCCCAUACGAGUCGGGGAAAUCGUUGUUUUCAGGAUAGAAGGAAGAGAGAUUCCUAUAGUGCAUCGAGUCCUGAAGAUCCAUGAAAAGCAAGAUGGACAUAUCAAGUUUUUAACCAAAGGAGAUAACAAUGCUGUUGAUGACCGAGGCCUCUAUAAACAAGGACAACAUUGGCUAGAGAAGAAAGACGUUGUAGGGCGAGCGAGGGGAUUUGUUCCGUAUAUUGGAAUUGUGACAAUCCUCAUGAAUGACUAUCCUAAAUUUAAGUACGCAGUACUGUUUCUGCUGGGCUUGUUUGUGCUGGUCCAUCGUGAGUAAGGAGUCGGCUCGCUGUCCUGGGAAGAUGCUAUGCCUGUUGUUACUGGAUGUUUGGAGUAGAUCCUGCUCUGUGAUUGGCAGAUAUUCGGAGGACACACGUGUUGGCACUUCUUGGAAGCACUGGUUUGCAUUAGUUUCUGUUUCCACACCUGAGGAAGUGUGGGCGGGUGAUGUGCACCGUGCAGUGCACCCAAGGGGACUUUCAAUCACAGGAUUUCAUAUGUUGUCAUUGUCACUCUUUCACAGUUUUGUACAUCAGUGAAUUUUUUAUAUUAAAAGGUUGAGCCAAAGCCCCCAGUGUUUGUAUUUUGAAGCCAAGCUUCACUUUUAAAGUGCCUACAGAGUUCUGUAAAUGAAAACACAGCUCUGCAUGAGUUCAAACCUGUCAUUCCUCCUACAGUGGGAAUGGCACAGAUUGAGGUGGUCAGAAGUCUUACCUUUUCAAAAUUUUAAAUAAAAGACUUUGCACAUUGAA